GAGUCUGUGCAGCCUCCCUGUGUGGCUCCCCCGGGUAAGAUGCCUCUUCCCGGCAUCCUGAAGGCAUCGGCCGUCCAGGACACGUUGGUCGAUGUUGCUAGCCAGGACCCGUCACGAGCUGACACGCAACAGUGGGAUGGCACACCAGGCUUUGCGAGAAUGGGCACUGCCGAGACAGUGCAUUCUGAUGCCACUACGUUGGCACUGCCUGGACGCAACUCCAGCGUUGCCGAUCUUGCCACACUGGACAAGGAUCUGCUGCAGGAGUUUGAGAAGGCCGAUUUGGAUGAUUAUGAUCCGGAGCUGGAGGCAGCCCUGAAAGCGGCCCAGCUUGCUGAGGAACUAGCUGAGGCUGCGAGGAAAGAGGCGAGUGUCCGGAGACUUGUGCAGCAGGCUGCAGAGCAAAAGGCACAAGAGACUCUAGAGGAACAGAAGCGCAGGGAGGCCGAAGUCCUGGCACAGAAGGCUGCUGAAAGGCAGAAAGCACAAGAGGCUGAGGAACAGAAGCGCAAGGAGGCCGAACUCCUGGCACAGGCUGCGGAGGAGCAGAAAGCACGAGAGGCUGAGCUACGGAAGCGUGUGGAGGCCGAAGUUCUGGCACGCUUGGUGGCCGAACGGGAGGCUGAAGAACAGAAGCGCCGGGAUGCGGCACUCCUGGCACAGGCUGCUGCAGAGCAGAAAGCACGAGCGGCUCAGGAACAGAAGCUUCUGGAGGCCGAACUCCUGGCACAGGCUGCUGCGGAGCAGAAAGCACGAGAGACUGAGGAACAGAAGCGUGUGGAGGCGGCGCUCCUGGCACAGAAGGCUGCAGAGCAGAAAGCACGAGAGGCUGAGGAACAGAAGCGUGUGGAGGCCGAACUCCUGGCACAGAAGGCUGCAGAACAGAAAGCACGAGAGGCUCAGGAACAGAAGCGUGUGGAGGCCGAACUCCUGGCACAGAAGGCUGCUGCAGAGCAGAGAGUACUGGAGGCUUCCGAGGCAGGGAAACGCUUGGAGGCCGAACUGAAGUCACGGCUGGAGGCUGCAGCUAAGCAGAAAGCAAAAGAAGCACAGGAACGGGAGCACAAAGAGGCCAAAGCUGUCGAACGUCUAGCAGCAGAGGCUGAGGAACACACGCGCAAGGAGGCAGAACACCUGGCAGAAACGGCUGCCGAGCAGAAAGCAGGAGAGACAGAGGAACAGAAGCGCAAGGCAGAGGUUCGGGCCCGAAAGAUGCAGGAUGCAAAGGAUCGGCUUCAUAUGGCAGAGAAAAUGAAGGAGAUCCAGGAGCAGGCGAUGAAGGAGGAACUAGCCAAAGCAAGUGCUGAGGAUGCGAAGGCUCAGUUGAAGGCACACACACCGGUUCGUUCUUUAUCGCUGCUGACUUCUGCUGCUUCCUUCACGGACGAAAGCCUGGAAGACACGUCUGCUGCUUCCUCGGUGAAGCCCGAGCUCAGACCGGCUGCGAAGGGUCGUGGAGCUAAGAAGGCGCAGAAGGACUCCGAUUGCGAACUACCACAACUAUCCGAAGAGGAGGUCGUAAAGUACAAGGGCUGGUGGAACCGUCUUCGGAGCUUCGAGCAACCCGGCGACUCCCAAGCGGCUGCCGCGACAGUGGAGGCGCCGGCCGCAACCCCUGCCGAGUUGCCCAACACUGCAUCCCCGGCUGCAACCGAGCUGCCGCCAGUGGUUGCUUCUCUGCCUGAGAUCGCAAGUGCAGGGCCCUGCCCGGCUGCAGAGCCCAAUCCAGCUUCAGAUGCCCCUAGCCCCGAGCUGAGUGCCCUUAUCGAAAAGCUAGCCCGAGAGAUGGUUUUGGCAAUGCAACCGCCUGCUGUUCUGAACCCGGCUUGGCAAGCUAGCCCACCACCGCCGAAGCCAAACCCAGCCGAGCCAGCUGCUGAGAACGUACCAGUGCUCCCUGCUGCGAGUGCUCCGCCCCCGCCAGUCGGUGCUCCGGAUCCAGUACCCCCUGUGACGACCGUAGCGGUCCCUCCCAAGGCCCCCCCUCUCAAUCCGGGUCGCAUCAACUCUUCCACACACCCUGCGGAGUACAAAGAGUUCGGCCGUUUUUGCGAGUCCAACCCAGCUGCGAGCGAACUGAAGGCUGCUUAUGCGAAAGGUGGCGCUUUCAAGAUGCAAGCUUUCACGAAGUUUGUCAAAGCAGGGUGCAACGGGCUAGCUCUGGAAGCUGUCCUGCGGUUUAAGAAGCAAACAGAGGAUUUGCAAGAAGACGAAGGACACUAUUACCCGUACAGCGAGAUCUAUGAGUUCUUCCAGAAAGAUCAGGCCAAGGCGGAGGACGAGAUAUCGGUGGCUUUGGGCGCCGAUCCUGUGGUGGCCUGUGAACUCUUGGAGUCGUACAAGGGCAACGGCUCGGAGAUGGAGGUCGUGCUGCUCGAGGGCAGCGAUGUGCCAGCUUUCAUCAGUGCCUGGGUCAGUGCAUGCACAGGGGCCGAAGGCCGGUUCCUGGAACAAUUCUAUGUGUGCUUUGCUUUAAGGCUGGAGGCCCUUGAAAGCCAGGGUGCACUGAUUAAGUUGAUCGUGGACGCAAAGAAUGGUUUGGGUGAGAAGCGGAAAGCUUUGCAAUUCCUGGGGCCCAACCCCAAAGCGACCGACGUGCAGACAAUCCUGUCCCAGGCAGAACAUCACAUUCCUGACCUAGAUAUGCUCAGUGGGCCCAUCGACUCGGUGGCCUUCUGGAAGCAGGUAAUGAAGAGCGAUAUGAUGCAUUUGAAUGCAGACGGCGACAACAUAUCUCUGGAGCAUCUACAAGACACUCUUGUUCAAUCUUUAAAUGUUUGCGCCGACAGAAACAAUGGCCUCGGCUUUACAAUCCAUGUCGUCUCGGGAAAAGGCGACUGGAAGUGGAGAAAGGAGUGGUUGAAACAAACCAGGUAUUAUGGAAAUGCUGCUGGAAAAGACGGCCUGUGUCAGAGGUGCUUGGCUUCGAAGAAUACCUGGUUAGACCCAGUUCAUGAGGGGUUCAACAAUGCCGCCGACCUAGCUGCUGCACGCCCUACUGCUGUAGGUGACAUCCACUUGAAAAACCUUUUGGGGUGGCAACCUGAGAUGGAAAUUCCUGACCUGCUGCACUGCUGCUGGUUGGGCAGUGCCCGUGACUUUAACGGGAGCUUGUGUAUGAUGGUGGCCUCGAAAUUUCUUCCUGGUGCUACGUUUGACGAAAGGCUUGCCACACUUCGAAGCGACAUGCAGCUUUGGUGCCAAGACAACGGCAUUAGAUCUUCAACCAUCGAGGAAAUCAGAAUCCUGACGAAGUACUUAAGAAGAUGUAUUUUCGCAUGUUUGUAUGUUGUCGGCACUGAGUCGGCACACCUGUCCUAUAUUUACCGGCUAAGGCUUGUCGAGAAUGGGUGUGGACGCCGUCUCGCUGGACUAUCCAAAUGGCCCAGCCAAGGCUUACGAGAACAAAGUCCUGAGCCGUGUGUUGCACACAGAGAUUUUUUUGUUGUUGCUGCCUAA